AUGUUGAGAAUUGUUCAUUUCUUAAUUCCUUCUGUUUUUCUAACAGCUUUGGGAUCCCAGAACAAAACAAGACAUUUUGUGAGUGAGUUUAUUCUCCUGGGUUUCAGUGCUCAAAAAGAGAUGCAGAGUUUUUUCUUCUCAAUGAUACUGAUUCUCUAUUUCCUGACCUUGCUGGGAAAUGGGGCAAUUGCAUGUGCUGUGAGAUGGGACAGGAGGCUCCACACACCCAUGUAUAUAAUCUUGGGAAACUUCUCCUUUUUAGAGAUCUGGUAUGUUUCCUCCACUGUCCCAAACAUGUUGUUCAAUAUUCUCUCUGAGACUAAGACCAUCUCCUUCUCUGGCUGUUUCCUCCAAUUCUAUCUAUUUUUUUCCCUUGGUACAACAGAGUGUUUCUUCUUAUCAAUUAUGGCUUAUGAUCGGUACCUUGCCAUCUGUCGUCCACUACAUUACCCUUCCAUCAUGACUGGAAAGUUCUGUGUAAUCCUGAUCUGUGUGUGCUGGGUGGGUGGAUUCCUCUGCUAUCCAGUCCCUAUUAUACUCAUCUCCCAGCUUCCUUUCUGUGGACCUAACAUCAUUGACCACUACCUGUGUGAUCCAGGCCCAUUGUUUGCACUGGCCUGUGUCCCUGCUCCUUCCAUUAAGCUUAUGUGUUACACUUUCAACUCCAUGAUUAUCUUUGGGCCCUUCCUCUCCAUCUUGGGAUCAUACACACUGGUUCUCAGAGCUGUGCUCCGUAUUCCUUCUGGUGCUGGUCGAAAGAAAGCUUUCUCCACAUGUGGGUCCCAUCUAAUGGUAGUGUCUCUCUUUUAUGGGACCCUGAUGGUGAUGUAUGUGAGCCCCACAUCAGGAAGUCCAGCCAGAAUGCACAAGGUUGUCACUUUGAUUUACUCAGCAGUGACUCCAUUCUUAAAUCCCCUUAUCUACAGUCUUCGAAACAAAGACAUGAAAGCUGCCCUAAAGAAAGUCCUGGGAUUAACAACUAGCCCAACCUGA